AUGUUCAAUCGGCGGCGAAAUCCAGCGGUGGACAGAGUAAGCGCGUUACCGGACUUCAUUCUCUACAAAAUCCUCUCUUUUCUCCCAACCAAACAAGCCGUUGCAACUAGUGUUCUCUCGAAGAGAUGGAGACCACUGUGGUUCUCUCUCCCAACCCUAGACCUCGACGACAAAGCCUUCGCCACCUUCGAGCGCUUCAGCCUCUUCGUCUAUUCCCUCUUCCUCUCCCGCGACAUCACUCUCCCUCUCCGCUCCUUCCGCCUCACGUGCGGCAACUCCUCCCCGUGCGACCCGUACGCCAUCAAUCGCUUCGUCUACGCCGCCGUUCAGCGCGGCCUCCGCCAUCUCCACCUCAACAUGAAAGACAACUUACAGCGCUACGUUCGAAUCAAGUUGCCCUCCUGCGUUCUAACUUGCAGGACCCUCACCGUUCUUAAGCUCAAAAAGGUUGCCAUCGACGAUCUUCCCUAUGUUGACUUUCCCUCCCUCGAAACGCUUCAUUUGGUUUGGGUCAGUUUUAGGCUUCACGAAGAUGUUAUGAAGUUUAUUGCUGGGUGUCCCAUUCUCCAGGAUUUAAGAACCAAAUAUCUGUUGGGAAUUCGUGGACACCGUGGCCACGGGGAGGUUACGAGCUUGCCCAAAUUGCGGAGAGCUGAAAUUUCUAAUUUGGAUAUUCCCUUUUCUCUUCUUCAUAACGUGGAUUUUCUGCGCGCUGAACUGAAGUGUACCUAUUUCAGUGAUGUUCCCGAGUUUCACAAUCUAACCCACAUGGAGCUUAUCUUUGAGUUCACUAAGUGGCGCUGGAAUUGGUUGCUAGAAGCGCUCAACCAUUGCCCCAAGCUUCAUCAUCUUACCAUUCAAAAGGUUUUGAAGUAUAAAGAUGCAAUUUGUGACGAGGAUUGGGAGGACCCACAUUUUGUUCCAGAAUGCAUUUCGUCACUGCUUAAAACAUGCUGUCUUAGAAAUUAUAAAGGCAUUAAAUGUGAGCUUCAAUUUGCAAAGUAUAUCUUGCAGAAUUCAAAAGUAUUGCGCACCAUGACAAUUCAGAGUACCUUUGAGGUAGAUAUGACUGAGAAGCUCCAAAUGUUAAUGAAAUUAUCCGUGCUCCCAAGAAGCUCCGCAACAUGCAAACUUUCAUUUGAGUAG